UGCGGAGGGGGGCAUCCACAUCUCCCCACCACAGGCUGUCCCAAUUCCCCCCAGCCAGCCACUGGGUGGGUAGGAGCAAGCACAGGUGGUGCUGAUGCAGGGCUCGGGCUGGCCCCAGAGGGCAGGACUGAUUCAAACAGCCAAUCAGCACCUAGAGAGAGCUGGCAGGAUGGGACAUCCUGUACCCUUGCUGCCUGGCAGAGCCAUGAAACCUGUUCUCUUGCCAAGGAUUCUUCCCCUUCCUCGGGGCUUCCCAAGGGUCAGGACACGCUGGGAAUGGGAUCAUCACCUCCCAUCUGCCACGGGCUCCCUUGGUCACCCUUGGCAAUCACGCAUCCCUGCCUCAAUUUCCCCUUCAGACAGUGGGCUUGCAGUGGUGGGGAUGGGACCAGAGCUGGGUCAUUUCAGGGGAUCUUCGAGAGCUGGUGGGAGGAUGGACGUGAACCAGAGUGACUGCUCUAAGGGGCUGAUGUGACUCAGCCCUGACCGUCCACAUGGUCUCCGUGCCAUGGACCCAGGCCCUCACAGGUGCUUUCUGGGAGCAGGGCCUCUGCCCGCUGCCAGGAGGCCACCCCAUCCUGGUGGGCAGUGGUUAGAGCCUGGGCUAAAGCACUGGCCUAGCCAAACUCUGCCUCGAGGCAGGGUCCAUCCCUGCACAGCCAGAGCCCCGGGGCCAAGGGACCCCCCAGCUGGGAGGGGAGCAGUGGGGACCCUCCACACAGGGCACCCUCUGUGCCCAUGUUCCCCCACCUUCCCUGGACACUCCACUGGGCACAGGGCACCGCCUGGUCCCUGACCUGCUCCUCGUUGGGUCUCAGACAAGGCUGCAUUCAUUCAGGACUGGGCAAUUAGACCUGGAAGGGGCCAACGCUGUCACCUAACACUCGCACAAAUUAUCCCUGCUCUUGUGUAACCUGUUGCAUAAAGCGGGGGCUGGCGGGAGGGGUGCUGCCAGCAGUGGGGUAUAAAGGCGGGUAUGGGAAGAGGCACGUCCAUCCAGCCCACAUUCAGCUUCUUAAGUGAGGAUGAAGACCGUGCUGUCAAGCCUGGCAUUAGCCCUGCUCUGCCUGCCGUGGACGCAGGCUGAGGCCCCUGUGCAGCCAGGCUUCGACUCUGAGAAGUUUGCAGGGACAUGGCACAUCAUGGCUGCCGUUUCCAACUGCCCAGUGUUCCUGAGCAUGAAGGAUAAGAUGAAGUCAUCCAUCAUCGUCACUAACUUCACACCGGAGGGCAACCUGGCUAUGAAGGUUAUUUUCCCCAUGUCAGAUGAAUGCAAAAAGCUUGAGCUGUUCUUCCAGCAAAGUGGGCAGGCCGGGCACUACAUCGACACAGCAGCAGAAGAGAAGCGGGACCUGCGUGUGAUGGAGACGGACUAUGAUCACUACGCCAUUGUAUACACCGUCAAGGAGAGUGACAGGGAGCCCAGCACCACACUGCAGCUCUACAGUGAGUUUGGGAGUGGGGACAGGUGCCUCAGCUCUCCAAGGCCAAAGCAAGACGUGGCCACCAGUGAGUGGCAGAGGCAGGGCUCCCCACUGCCAUCCACUGCCACCACAUCAGCACUGAACUUUCUAGCACCAAGGCACAUGCAGGAAAUUCAUUUUGGUAUGAAUGAAACUUUGCAUCAAAAAUAUCCCCCUGUUAUCCUGUUUCGAAUCAAAUCCCCUCCUGCAGUGUUUCAGUCUGGCUGCAAACCCCCAUAAUAUACCAGUUGUACUGAGCUUCUGAGGUUGGAGCAUCAGGCAACUCACAUCCACCCAUGCAUCCUGGUGACUACCUCUCACGCAUGGGUCCCAGGCUGUUGUGAGCUCCAGCCAGUGCUUACUCAUCUUGCCUGCCUUGUAAGCCCUGCUAGUGGCUCUCAUGGGCGGGUGGGCAGAUGGCCCCCCAACCAAGCAAGUGGGCUGUCCAUGCAGAGGGGUUUGUGUCCUUUUUCUGUCAGCCCAAGGCAACGAUGGGAUGGCCAGAACAACAUCCAGUGUCCAUCGCGUGGCUGCAUUUCUCCGUUGCUUUAUCACUGCUUGUUUUUUCUUCUCUGGAAUCCCAUCCCUGCACUCAUGGGAGCUGGGCCCUGCAUGUCCAGCUUGCCACCAGACCACCAGCUCAUCAACUUUGCCUUUCCUUUGGGUUUCUGUCUGCAGCGAGGGGGCAGGAUGUGGACCCCCAGCUCCUGAAGAAGUUCAAAGAGCUCUACCCCACCAUGGGCCUUACUGAUGACAUGCUGGUGGUCAUG